UAUCCCUUGUCAAAAUUCUUUCUGACAAUCUCCGCUAUACCCUAGCUGUGUCCUAUAAUUGGCUGGUUGUCAAGCAGUGCAUUGGCAUCUGGCGCAUCAAUUCUUUCAAGGAGCCGUGUGGAGCUACAGCGUUAACAUAGCACGGAUAAUAUCAAACCCUUUCUAUUACUUACGCUUCCGCCUCUUUGAGACCCAACCUGCGUCGACCCUUUGCAAUGUCGGUUCACGCGACCAAUAAUCCAGAUGAUUCCCUACCUUCUUCUCGGUCGGAUUCGCCCACUGAAAUUAACAACCCUACUCGGACUGCUCUGAGCGCCUACGAGAUCGAAGGCGAUGGUCGUCCCCCAUUCGUGCUUUCGGUUCCUGAGCUCAAACUUCUUGGCAUUGCUGGUGUUGGGUUCUUCCUUGAUGCUUAUGAUUUGUUUAUUAUCAACCCCGUUGCGACCAUGUUGCAAUUUCGUCUCUACGGCGGUGACCCUCUCCCUUCCAACCUGGAAGGGUUUAUGAAAGCUGGCGCCAACAUAGGCAGUGUCAUUGGCCAGUUCGGCUUCGGUUUCGCCGCUGACUACUAUGGUCGGAAGGCAGUUUACGGCAAAGAGCUCGUGCUCAUCAUUUUCGCGACCAUCAUGUGUCUUACGACUCCCACUGGACAACUCUCCCCUGCAAGCUGUCUCAUCUAUCUCGCCAUCUGGCGUAUCGUCCUUGGUGUCGGUGUCGGCGGUGAUUACCCCAUGUCCGCUUCCGUCUCCACCGACCGUGCACAUCUCCGUAGACGAGGUGUCUUAUUAUCCUACAUCUUCGCGAACCAAGGCUGGGGUUCCCUCGUUGGCAGUUUGGCCACUAUUAUCGUGUUGGCUUGCUACAAGAGUGUCAUGAGUGGCGGAGACCAUACCAGCAAACUCGACGGAGUUUGGCGAAUCGUCGUCGGUUUGUCGCUCAUUCCCGCUUUCGGCACUCUCUACCAACGUCUUACAUUACCCGAGUCCAAACGUUACGAAGAGUCUCGCCGUAAUCAUGAUGAUGAGGAGACCAUUGAGGCCUUGAAGGAGAAACAGGCCGCUGAGGAAGCCGCUUCUCAGAGUACGGACAAGGAAAAGAAGGGUGCUUCUGUUACUACUACCGCUGCCGCAGCGAAAGCCAAGGAUAUAGCUGACGCGAAGAAGAAUCAUUUCGCAGAGUUCUUCGCGUAUUUCUCCGAAUGGCGUCACCUCAAAAUCCUACUUGGUACCACCCUCUCUUGGUUCUUCCUCGACAUAGCUUUCUAUGGUAUCAACUUGAACCAGAAUGUCGUUCUUCAACAGAUCGGCUUCGACGGUUCCGGUGGCACUCCUUGGGAACGUCUCUUCGACAUCGGUAUCGGUAAUUUGAUCGUCACCGCACUUGGUUUCGUACCCGGUUACUAUGCCACGGUGCUCACUAUUGAGUACCUUGGAAGGAAGUGGAUCCAGAUCCAAGGGUUCCUCUUAGAAGCUUUGUUCUUGGGCAUUUUGGCAGUUCUUCUUCAAUUUCGGCGCGAACACUACGACAUAUUGCUAUCCCGCAGAAGUCUUCCCUACCAAGUUCCGCGCUACUGCUCACGGUAUCUCUGCUGCAAGUGGCAAGGCCGGAGCCAUCAUCUCCGCGCUAGUGUUCAACAGUUUGACUAAGAAAAUCGGCACUCCCAACGUCCUUUGGAUCUUUGUCGGCUGCUGUAUAGCUGGCGCCUUCGUCACCCUGCUCCUACCCGAAGUUAAGGGUCGUGACCCUGACCUCAUCUAUCAGGAGGAGCUGCGUGUUCGAGGUCAGGCUUCGCAAUAGAUAACCUGGGCAAUCGAGUUCAGAAGCUCAUGAAACGAUUUGACAUGAAUCGAGAACCAUGUUUUUAUGCAAGGAAGAUCACGAGGAGAAGCUCAUGGACUCACGCUAAACACCCCUGUAUUACCAAUACCUUAGAUACAGCGCGAGUGCUACCAUGUAGGUAGAACCCUAAAUCCAAGAUUGUAUCAGAAUGGUUGCGAGGACCAGAAUGUACCUGUUCAAGAG